CUACUUUAUUAUUUUUUCAUAAAUUGUUUACUAUGUUUUUAUUUACGCAAUAAUAAUGGGCUUCCGUAAUGGCAGUCGGAUGUGAAUGCGAUGUUGCACAGACCGACUGUAGUUUGCACAGCAUUUACCGCGAAUGUCCUGCUCACCAGCUGUACACAAGUACACAUCGUGCACGGAGCUGUCCACAAAAAUAUCUGUGCGCCCUCUGGGGACCCACAGUGUAAUCUUAAUCGGAUGCAAAUCAUCGGCAAAGUUUCGUGGAAGUUCAUUCGUCAGUAGCCAUGUCUAAUCCUUGCGAACCAAGCAGCUUGGAUGGACAGAGCAAGAAGCGGGGCUACUAGUGGUCACAUGACAUAACAAGGUAGAGAUGACAGGGCGUGUUCAUGACAGACCACGCCUCUCGUGACGUGGAUACCUGUUUGUUACUGGCCGGCCUCCUCUCACAAAAUAUUUACACCCGAUGUCAGGUGGGAGUGUGGACGAGAGUAUAUAUUGCUGAUGUUCAGACAGUCCGAGGUCUCUCCUCUACGAACUCCGUGAACACAGCGAGAAGUACAGACGAGUUCAGAUGGCCACCUCACGAUCACCGCGUUUCACCUUCAUAACACGAGUAGCUCUGACCUUUGUGGUGAUUGUCAUCUUGGGUGCCACUUGUCAGAAGUUGAACCCAGACGAGGCGACUACAAACGGAAAAAGCGAAGUCGGUCGUUUGAGUCGUUCAGCUAUAUGUCCGUGCUGCUACGGUGGCUGUCCUGUAGAGAGAGGUUACGUGCUUUAUAACAAUCAUUGUCUGAAGCUGUACUCUGUCAAGCGAGACUACCAGACUGCCAGGGCACGCUGUCAAACUGAUGGAGCUCAUCUCUUGGACUUCAAGUCACGUGAGCAGGAUGGCCCGGCUUUGCUGUAUUUGUUGGACACGAUGGGUCAUGUGCUCCAAGGUAUAACUGCAGGUUUGUGGGUUGGGGCGAAUGACAUUAAAGUUGAGGGACGCUUCUUUUGGAGCGACGGCACCAUUUUGACCAAAGAUAACGGACUUUGGGAAAGCGGGCAACCGGACGACUGGCAAAACGAGGACUGUGUCGAAGUAUUGUUCCGGAACACUGUUCUGCUCAACGACUUUACCUGCACGUCGAAGCUGGGGUUUGUUUGUCAGAUAGACAUGAAGAAGUGAAUGACAAAUAAUGUGCUGUCAACACUGUUCGUUAGUAAUGGUCAUUCAGCUGGUCUCAAUCUCCUUCGCUCUUACCAUGGCACACGGGAGAGGACUGGUCAUGCUGAUAAAUAAAGUAAUAUUAAAAUCACUCCUCCCACCA